ACCAUUUCUCUCGCUGUCCGUUUUUAGCUGUAAAGGGUUCCUCAUAACUCAUUUGUUUCACGGUUUCAUCAAACUGAAAGGGAUUUUAUCUUGAUGUCUUGAGUAUUUUUGUAACGAUCGAGGCGUAUAUUCGCUAUCGGACAUCAAACUUUGACGUGCUUCGAACUGAAUCACUUAAUUCAGGCAUUGGUUUCACCGCUACGGCUGAAGGCGAAAACAAGCCAGAAGCAGAAGAAAAAGAGACUGAAGGGCGGCCUCAGUCUUCGUGUCCAGCUUUCCACAUUUUCACCAACUUUACCCCCCACAAUCACCUUUAACAUGAUGUCGUAUCUUAAGCAACCACCUUACACGGUCAACGGGCUAAGUUUAACUACCUCCGGUAUGGACCUUCUGCAUCCGUCCGUUGGAUAUCCAGCGACUCCUCGAAAGCAAAGGCGGGAGAGGACAACAUUCACUCGAGCUCAACUAGAUGUGCUGGAGUCUUUAUUCGCCAAAACGCGCUACCCGGAUAUUUUCAUGCGUGAGGAGGUGGCCUUAAAAAUCAAUCUCCCAGAGUCCCGUGUACAGGUUUGGUUCAAAAACCGAAGGGCCAAGUGUCGCCAGCAGCAGCAGCAACAACAAAACGGAGGCCAGAACAAGGUGCGACCUGCCAAAAAGAAGAGCUCUCCGGCGCGGGAGGCCAGUUCUGAGAGCGGGGCGAGUGGCCAGUUCACCCCGCCCUCUAGCACUUCAGUCCCGGCUAUCUCCACCACAACGGCGCCGGUGUCCAUUUGGAGCCCGGCCUCCAUCUCGCCGCUGUCAGACCCACUCUCAACCUCCUCCUCCUGCAUGCAGCGAUCCUACCCAAUGACCUAUACUCAAGCGUCCGGAUAUAGCCAGGGGUAUGCGGGUUCCACAUCCUACUUUGGGGGCAUGGACUGCGGUUCUUACUUGACGCCCAUGCACCAUCAACUGACAGGGCCAGGAUCAACUUUGAGCCCCAUGAGCAGCAACGCUGUUACCAGUCACCUGAACCAGUCUCCAGCCUCCCUCCCCACACAGGGUUACGGUGCCUCGGGGCUCAGCUUCAAUUCCACUGCGGAUUGCUUGGAUUAUAAGGACCAAGCGUCCUCAUGGAAACUGAACUUCAACGCUGAUUGCUUGGAUUACAAAGAUCAGACUUCCUCCUGGAAAUUCCAGGUGUUGUGAAACUAACAAAACGUCUGACAUUUUGUCCAAUCAACACACGAAAAGACUAUAAAAUAAACUUUGUAGACCUGCCAUCCUUUCAAAAACAGAAGUGUUCUGUGAAGCGUGAACUGUCCGAUGUGGAUGGGUUGCACUGUGCCUGACAGCGCUUUCGAAGUUCGUAUUUUUCAUAACAUUUCUAUUUGAGUUCCACGAACCCUUCAUGGCGUGCAAAGUAUUGGAAGGGUCACGAGUUCGCAUAAACUGGACAUUUGACCACAACCUGUUAAGGUAGAGGGAAUCAAAGUGAAUUUGAAAAUAAGUUAGGUCAAAGCCACGGAGCAAAUCCUUACAGAAGAGGAGAGAGAGAAAAACUACACAAUAAAAGGAGCCAAUCUUUUGGUUAAGUGCUUGGAAUGGGCAGGCUUUCUCUAAGCCUCUUACAGCACGCCGACCUAUUUCAAUGUUGGCAAGACCAGAGACACUUCCAUAAGGAGGGUGUGUGUGUGUGUGUGUGUGUGUGUGUGUGUGUGUGUGUGUGUGUGUGUGUGUGUGUGUGUGUGUGUGCUGAACGCCCCCAUGGCGACCUGGAUGCACUACUUUAUUUAAGAAAAGGUGUUUAUAAGGAAUCAAUAUGUAGUUUUUAAAAGACAAUCAGUGUGUGUCUUAUAUAAAUGGUACAUUUGUGUGUGUGUGUGUUUUUAUUUUAUUUUAUCUGUGCUAGCCUUCGAAACUGUGAUUUGUUGUAACUGUAUGCAAUUUGUGAGUUCCGUCGCAUCUGCGAAGACUCGGCUGUGAUUUUAAUAGAUUUUUUUUUUUCCAACAUGGUAAAUAAUAGUCACAUGAUUACUAUUGGAUUUUUACCCAUCUCAAGAAUACAGGGACUUGUCGCCAUUCAUUGAUCUCUAUUGGUCAUAAUUGAUAACAUGCCACCCACGGGGAUCUUACACUUGUCUGGAGUGCUGAUGUGGUCCCACCAGAGAAAUAUUAAUAAACAAUUUCAAAUCUGACACCACAUUUAAAGUCUGGACGAGUUCUUAAAAUUGACAAUAAAUUGUAUGUGUUUUCUUGUGUUUUGUAGCUUGAAAGUUAAAAGAUUAUAUAGCCUAGUUGAUUAGAAUGGAGAGGCCCAACUUAUAUAUAUAAUAAUAAUAACAAUAAUUCAACCAACACAUUUUUAAUAAAUUGUCUUACGCUACAUCAGCCAACUUCAAACCUAUGCCAACUAAUUUAAUAUUAUUUAACUUAUUUAUUUAACAUGUUGAUGGUAAUACAUUAAAACAACACUAAAAGCUGAAUUAUUGGUUUCCAUUUCCCUUUGAUAAACGAAGAGGAAAUUUCAUGCAUUUCAAAAUUAAAUACAAAUAGUUUUCUCCUUGUUUAUUUGUUUAAAAGAAAUUGUCCGCAUUGAACAAUGUAUUCCAGUACAUUUUUGAUAAAAUCGGUGUCAACAAGUGUUUUAUUAAAGGUUGGGCCUUGAUAACGUAUAGCCAAUCAGAAUCCUAAUAAAGCUAAAA